AUGCGCAAAGGGUCGGCGCCGGAGGUGCCCAGCGUCCCACUGCCCAUGGUAGUGCUGCUCAUGGCUGGCGCAUUCCUGUGGGGCCACUUCGCGACCCAGCACCUGGUGCAGCAGCCGCCGCGGGCGACCCCCGCCCCCGCCCCCACGACCAAGGCCGCCGCAACCGCACCCGAGCCCGGCGGCAGCGGCGGCGCGCAUGGGGAGGAGCAGCAGCAGCAGCAGCAGCAGCAGCAGCAGCAGCAGCAGCAGCAGCAGCUGCGCGAGAUGGGCCCGCUGGGCGAGGAGUUCCUGGAGAGCUCCGGCUUGCUGCGGCUGCGGCCGCCGCUGCCGCCGGCCGAGUCCGGCAACCACUUUUACACCGUCCAGCCCUUCCAGAUCCUCAGCUGGUACCCCAGGAUUGUGGUGUACCCGAACUUCAUUGACCCUGACCGCUGCGACCACAUCAUAGGCCUGGCGCGGCGCAAGCUGCGGCGCAGCGGCCUCGCCUGGCGGCCGGACGAGACGCCCAAAGCCAACCAGGACACGCGCACCAGCCUGGGCACGUUCCUGGACGCAUCAGAGGACCACGACGGCGUGCUGAGGUGGAUAGAGGAGAAGAUCGCCGCCGUGACUCUGCUGCCGGUCGAUCACGGGGAGGCGUUCAACAUUCUGAAGUACGACCUCGGUGCCCACUACGACAGCCAUAUGGACACCUUUGAGCCGAAAGACUUUGGCCCUCAGCCCAACCAGCGGGUGGCCACUGUCCUACUGUACCUCAGCGACGUGGAGGAGGGGGGCGAGACGAUAUUCAAGCGGGAGGGCAGGGGCAACGCGGACAAAGUAAUCACGGACUACAAGUCUUGCGACGAAUCCGUUUUCAAGUACAAGCCCCGCAAGGGCGACGCGGUGCUGUUCCACAGCCUGGACCCCGACCUAAAGAUCAACCCCAGGUCGCUCCACGGCGGCUGCCCCGUCAUCAAGGGAGAGAAGUGGGUGGCGACAAAGUGGUUGCACGAGAAGGUCUUCCGCGAAACGGGCUACGCCUCCUGA